GCACAAAGCAGCAGACAUGAGCGAGUCUGUGGUCUGCAGCACCCGUGCCACGGUCAUGCUCUACGACGACGCCAAUAAGAAAUGGGUCCCGGCAGGAACUGGUGCCCAGGCCUUCAGCCGCAUCCAGAUUUACCACAGCCCUGCCAGCAACACCUUCCGGGUGGUGGGCCGCAAGAUGCAGCCGGACCAGCAGGUGGUCAUCAACAGUCCCAUCGUGAAGGGGCUGAAGUACAACCAGGCCACGCCCAACUUCCACCAGUGGCGCGAUGCCCGCCAGGUCUGGGGGCUCAACUUCAGCAGCAAAGAGGAUGCCAGCCAGUUUGCCAACGGCAUGAUGCACGCCCUGGACAGCCUGGAUGCCGGUGAGGCUUGAUGGGCCGAGGGGGGCGGGCCCCCAGGAAACUCUGCACCCCCCCUGCGCCCCACCCAGAACGGACCCACUGCAGAUGAACUGGCAGAGCAGCAGAAAAGGUACAGGAAGCCUCUGCCAGGUUGAAAAGUUCCGGGGGGGGGAGGACCUCCGGGGCCACCGCCAGGAGCCCACAGCGGCCCUCCCCCUCCUCCUGGGCCACCCCCUCCUCCAGGCCCACCGCCUGGCCCUCCGCCCUUAGGAGGGGGGCCACCCCCGGCCCCUCCCCUCCCUGCUUCCCUGGGCCCAGGUGGAGGGGCUGGACUACCCACCGGCUUGGCCGCGGCUCUGGCAGGAGCAAAGCUGAAGAAGACGGGCAAGCAAGAAGACGCUGAUGCCACUGGUGCCAAGCCCACAGAUGCCUUCCGGAGACCUUGGGAGAAGUCCAGUACAACCUUACCCAGGAUGAAAUCUGCUGGAGCCAUGACGGCCGGAGAGCCCGCGGGUGGCGCAGGGGAUGAAUCCGAACUGGAACGGGUGAAACAGGAACUUCUGCAAGAGGUUCGGCGUGAACUACAGAAAGUCAAAGAGGAGAUAAUCCAAGCAUUCAUCGCAGAGCUUCGGAAGAGGGGGUCCCCUUAGCCCCCAGACCCAGCCGGUGCCACCCGGAGUCAGCAGUCAAAUUCUCCCUCUUGCGCAGAA